UAUGCAUGCUUUUGACUAGCAUCUCUUACACAUUUUAUUCUUUACUUGUAAUUUAUAUUUUUUUAUUUAAAAUUUUAAACAACUAAAUGAACCAAAACUGCCCGCUACGGUGCUUUUGUUCUGUUAGUUUGGGUUAUUUAUUUAUUUAUUUUAAUUAAAUUGUUUUUAUUUUAAAACCCUAAUUAGCUAGUGGUAUUUUUGGGAUUAUGAAUGAUUCAUCUUUUUUGCGUUUUUUUUUUUUUUGCCUCUUUUGCGUUCUUGCUUGGUUAAUGUUUUAUGCAUCCAAUUUAAUGUUGCAGAUAGCAGUGGAGAGUUUGUGGCAGAGAAUAAAAGCUGGGGUUUUAAAUCAUUCAUGCCUCUAAGUGAGCUUCAUGAUCCUGAUAAGGGGUACCUGGUGAAUGAUUUAUGUAUUGUUGAAGUUGAAGUUUCAGUGCGUAAUGGUAUCAAGAUUUUAGAUGACCAAGAAUCUGGCGAGCUUUUAGAUUUUAGGGGUUUAGUACGAAUAGAGAGAACUUUUGUUCCGUUGCUAGAGGAGGUUUGUUCGUCUUAUCCUUCGUUGAUAGAGUGCUUCAAGAAGAGAAGUGCUAGUCGUACGUUUGUUCAAUCCGCAUUCACAGCUUUGGGCCGACUUUUGCAUUUUCUGAAGGCUACAAAAGUGAAGGAUACAACUCCUGAUGCUUGUAAACGUCUUCAACUGUUGUGGGAGGAGCUUGAGAUCUUGAAGUCCAACUUGGGUUGGCUUGAGCCGCACAUUCAAUCUUUUCUUGUGAUGAACAAAAGGGCAGGAAGAGUGAAUAGACAGAGAGAAGAUGUGGAUGCUUUGGAGAACGAGAACGACAUAAGAAGGCGAAGGGCUAUGCUAGCUGCGUCCGAAGCCGAUCUUCAGGUAGCAAAAAGAGAUUUGGCAGAGGCGGAAGAAGAGUGCUUUAACAAGAUAGAUAUGGAUAGUGAGUUAGGGUAUCCCUUAGCUUAA